AAAGAUUUUAAUUGAUGAAGAGUGAAUAAUAGUAGAAAGGAGUCACAAAAACAGUGAAGAAAGUUAAAGUGAACAAAAAGGCACCAGUGAGAUUGUGGGUUAAGGCUGUAUUUACAGGUUUUAGAAGAUCUAAGGUUCAAUAAAAUGAAAAACAAGCUUUAUUAAAAAUCCAACAUGUUGAUGAUGUGUCAUCAAGCAGAUUCUAUUGGGGCAAGAGAGUUGCUUAUAUAUAUAAGGCUCACUCUCUUAAGAACAAUACAAAAUUUAGAACUAUUUGGGGUAGAGUCAGUAGAUCUCAUGGAUCAAAUGGAAUAGUGAUUGCUAGAUUCAAUAGAAAUCUUCCACCAAGAGCAAUAGGAUCAACUUUAAGAGUAUUCUUGUAUCCAAAUAGGGCUUGAGUUAUAUAAAAAGAGAAUAUAUAUAAAUGUAUAUUAAUUUCCAGAAAUUAAAUAAAAGAA